CGCGGCAAGAUGGCGGCGGCCGGCGACGAGGCAGAGGCGGCCGACUGGGCGCUGCCGUCCGAGGUGGAGGUGCUGGAGUCCAUCUACCUGGAGGAGCUGCGGGUGGCCCGCGGCGGCAGCAGGUCGGAGCCCUGGGAGCUCUGCAUCACGCUGCACCCGGCCACGGGCGAGGACCAGGACUCGCAGUACGUGCGCUUCACCCUGGUGCUCUCGGUGCCGCCGCAGUAUCCCGACAAAGCUCCGGAAAUCGCCAUCAGGAACCCGCGGGGGCUGUCAGACGAGCAACUUCAGAAGAUUUCACAGACUCUAGGACAUGUUGCUGAAGCCAGGCUGGGGACAGAGGUGUUAUAUGAGCUGAUCGAGAAGGGAAAGGAGAUUCUCACUGAUAACAACAUUCCCCAUGGCCAGUGCGUGAUCUGCCUCUAUGGAUUCCAGGAGAGAGAAGCCUUCACAAAGACCCAGUGUUACCACUACUUCCACUCCCACUGCCUGGCCCGCUAUGCCCAGCACAUGGAAGAGGAGGUCCUCAUGCAGCAGGAGGAGAGAGAGCAGCACCUGGCACCUUCCCCCAAACAGGAAGUCGGUGUGCAGUGCCCUGUCUGCCGGGAAACCCUCGUUUAUGAUCUUUGUGCUCUCAAGGCAGCGCCGCCCCCGCAGCACCCACUGGAGCCAUACAGACCAGAUGCCAAGACACUGCAGCACCAAGAAGAACUGCGCUUAAUCUUCAAGAGACAACAAGAAAAGGGGGGCAUUAUUGACCCUGAAGCAGAGAGGAAUCGUUACUUCAUCAGCCUCCAGGCGUCUCCAGCUACUGCUGAUCCCGGCCAAACAGCCUCUGCUUCUGAGCCACUGGUGACUGCAAGUGCUGUGGAUUCACCCCAGCCACCCUGCCAGCCCUUGGCUCCGGAACCAGCCAGUUCUCCAGAGGCCAGGGCGGAAGCCAGGCAGCCAGAGAGACAAGCUAUGCCUAGGGAGCAACAGAGCAAGCGAGAGAAGCACAGAGGGGAGAGGCUGGGCCUCAGAGGCCAGAGCAGGCAGCUGUGCGGCAAUGCGCAGGGAGCAGCAGAGGAACCCUGUCAUCUGCUUCAUGGCUCCAGGGGCUCCAAGGGCUUCAGCCGGAGACCAGAGCGGAGGGAGGAGAGGAGCCAAAGAUCUGGUGGGAGGCACAGCCAGGAGUUUCAAAAGCCUCACAGCAGAAACAGGACUGCAGUCCUGCCUGAAAAAAAGCAGUUGAGCCCUGAAGACUCCUCGGUAGUAAUGGGGAUAUCAGACUUAAAAGAAGAUUACCAUGAUGUGGGGAGAUGGACUCUGGAGCAGGGGGCUGAGGCCCAGGGCAAUGAGGAGAAUCCAGCACUUAACCGCAGUGACCAUAGAGCAUCCCCCAGCUGGCAAGGCCACUACAGGCCCUGGGAUUGCGGGAGGUGGGAGAGGUCCAGGAUGCAGGAGCGCGGCUCCUACCCUAGAGCACCAAGAGGGCGAGGAGCGUUCAGGCCUGGUGGACGUCGAGAAGCCCAUUUCCUUGAAAAGGAGAGCGGCUCCUAGCAGGAUUGGUGAGGGGCUGGGCUAGGGGAGGGAAGGGCUGUUUUGGGGGAGAACGGUGAAGGCUGUGGUGGAGCAGUAGCAAGCAGAUGCCAUACCCCUUGGAAAGGAGGAGGCCCACCCUGGAUCUCUACUGUGUAGCUUGGAGGCAGUAGGCAUGGGGCACAGCUUGGGCAAGGUAGUGUCUCUGAGGCAUAAGUGCAGAGUGAAGCAUACUGUUGUGGAUAUCUGGUGUGAGAUAUCACCAGUGGUGGAGAAACUGACUCCCGACAGUCAUGGCAACCUUAGUCUUGGAGGAUGCAGAGGGCAGGGGAAGGCUUGAUCAGAGACCAGCUGCCACCAUGCAUGAACUGCCAAAAAAAUCAGUGCCUGCAGAGCAAAGCGAUCAGGCCCAUCAGAGUGCCACAGCAGAGCCAAAGCCUACCGUGGCACCUUCCCUGGAACCAAGUGUCCAUGUAGAGCAUGGUGGCCCCAGACAAAAAGGUUGUACUAGGGCAGCAGCCUGGACCUCAGCUUACUGCAUCCCCAAAUGAUUUUCAGAGUAUGUUCUCAACCUGCAGUUCCUUGGAGAUGAUGUUGCUUCUCCCCCAGCCCUGACCUCUGCUCAGGUGAUAGGCUUGGCCAGACAGCCCAGGAAAGUCCUUUGUACAACAGGACACUUCCCUAUAGCAGCCAAAGUAGUUAAGUUAGUUCUAAGCCGGCACAUUGGCAGGGCUGUGCAGUGAGUAAGGCUUUGGGUUGGCUGCUGCUCCCCCCAAAAGUCUGAAUUUAGCUGGAGCUUCUGCAGGGUCCUUCAGCUACCUGUUCACAGGCAGUGGCUGCACUGGAGAGACUUGGGAAAAGCGUUCUGCUCUGUGUCCUGUGUAUUUCUGUUAGGAUCCUUUUCUAAGCCUAGGCUGUCUUUUGGAACUCACAGAGGCCCAGAGUGAAGACAGGUUCCAGUACUUUGAAUUUUCUUACCUCCUUUCAUCUUCUCUUCAUGCUGCUCUUGCUUUAAAGAAAUGGGGAUUUGCUUUUCAUACUAACAUGUUCCUGGUGCAGUUCCUUCUACUGGUGUUUCACAGAUUUAAACCAUGUCCCAUUCUGAAGACGUGAUGGGAGAUCUCAAGUCUCCAGAGUGGGACAUUGCUACAAAAUUAAUGCAUUGGGUUUUCUUUCAAACCUGUUUCCUUUGUAUUGUCUACUGCCCCUCUUUUUAUUUAUUUAUUUAUUUUUUAACUGGUCUCCAGUGUUGGUCUCUAGUUAAAGUGUGACCACCAUUUCCCAUGUGCUGAUGUCUCCCUACACUCAGAUCCAGAGCAAAGAUCUUCCCCUGAGCACUCCUGGGUGCCACAGGAGCUCUCCUGCUCCCAGUUUUGCCUGGCUCAGUGUAAACUGUCUAGUCAACCCAAAUCAUACUGAUCCCUUCACACUUGUUUGUGCCUUGUGCCCCUGCGCACACCUUUUUGGCUCUAAUGGGGGCUGUUAUGUUCGUCUUCCUCUUGCUGAGCAUUCUUUGAGCAGUGAAGAAAUCACCAUGCUUUGAUUUACCACGGCUUCCAGUGCAAUCGCUAGGAAAUCAACACUUUUCUCCAGGCUGGGAGAGCAUUUGCUUCUCAUUUGCCUCACUUUGCCUUUCAAAUCCUUUCUCACGUAAGCAGUGCACAGAAGCCUUUUCUUGAAUGGUCCACCUGCCUGCCCUGCUCUCUUCCCUUCUGGCCUUUUCCUGCUGCUGCUGCUUUAACUUGCUACCUAAUGGUUGGUUGGUUUCUUUUUAAGGGGGAGGAAUCUUCCUUGUUUAAAUUUCAAACAUAGGCCUGUUUUCGUCCUGCUUUCUAGCAUGUUAAUACUAAUGAGCUUUUUUUUAACCCCUUUCCUCAGUCUGAGCCUGUACUGCCCAUCUUGGGCUUGCAGGUCUGAGAGUUAAACAGUAUGUCCUGCUGGGGACCAGGGCUCAAAACCUAAUCACUGACCCCCUGAAACAUGUCCUCAUUUUUUUUUCUUUAGAGCUGCUCUGUUCUUGUUCCAGCCUGUUUGUGGGUGAAUGGCCAUUUGGGUGAAAAGGGAAGGUGAAAGCUUCAACUGACAUUGGUGCUGUUUUGCUGCCUUCUGCCUUUACAUGUGAAAUUCGUGUGCUCCAAAAAAUAGGUUUGAUCAUGUCCUGAAGGAAACACAAAGAUCUCUGCCCUUUGCAGCAGCUGUAGCUAAAGCUGCUUUGCUUCCUCCAGAGAGCUAGAUUCAGUGUCUCCUCGGCUGGAAAGCUGUUGUGCCAUGUGUCUGCAAAUAUGGGAAGGCAGCCAUGGAAAUCCCAGUGAGCGGGGACUUGGGUAAUUUCAAACAAUCAAAUGCCAAACCUGUUGGAGGGCAGGAGGGUAUUUCUGUUUGCAGGGAUUCAGAAAGGGCCCUCAGCUUUCUGACCCAUUGUUGUCAACCUGGAGCAGAGGAAGUCUUUCAACUGUGUGGAAGAGAAUUUGGGUUAAACAAAACAAGCCCCAGAAAAAGCUUGGCAGCAGCAGCAGCUAACAGCUGCCAAGAUGGCCAAGGGCAGUGCAGGCUGGCAGGCAGAGAGGAACUUGGCCCUGGCUCAAAGAAGAUUUUGGGGCAAUGUGGGAGAUAUCGAGGCUGUGAUCUGCCUGCCCUCAUCCCAGCCUGAUGCAUCCCCUCCUGCACCCGAGAGUAGCAGAGAGCUCUGGAAGGGAGCCUUUGCCUGGCUCCUUUGCCCAUGCCUGUCUAGGGUGGGGAUUUGGGAUGGGGGGGGAAUGGGAACCUGAGGGUCUUCGUUUGGCGCCUGCCUGCAUCCCUGUUCCUGGGCUGGGGGGUGCCAAUGCUGACCUGCCUCACAGGGCUGUUGUGAGGCUUAACUGGCAAAAGCCGACAGGGGCGCUGGGUGGAAAGGCACUGGCCGUGUCUGUAGUAUUAACACUAUUAAAAGCAAGCAGAGUGACUGACA